AUGUCCGUAGUGGAACUUCCAGAUGUAAUUACUCCCAAUUUAUAAUAAGAUUAGACUCUAUUCACAUAAAUCUCGUACCAGAUCUAAAAGAAGCAAUCUCGAUUAAUAUCGUAGUUUGGCCGUCAAGAAAUCAGUUGACAAAAUGAUCAAAUAUAAUAGUAUGUCUUCUGUUUUGGGAUAAGAUAAUGAUUACUAUCCCAAACAAUUGGAAGACCAAAAAGUACUCAUCCACUUAUAUUUUCAUAGAAAAUUGAUGAAGCUCAAGAAGUUCAUGCCAAUUUGACAGAACUAAAGAAAAGUUGUGAUAAUAUGAAAAUGUCUGGUAAUACCAAAGACAAAGAUAUUGAUAAGAUGAGAAAGGACAUUGAUCAAAUGAGCUAUUAAAUCGAAUAAUAUAAUCUAAAAUAAAAGGAUUUAACAAAACAGGAAAAUGAAUACUCAUAGAAAUUAUAAGAAUAAUAAAAAUUAUUAAGCCAAAGCAAUUAUGAUAAAAAGAUAUUCGAACACAUGUUAACAAGAAUGAAAAAAGAUUAAGUUACUUAUUAACUGAGAGCAAAUCAAUAUGAAAGACACCUUAAAUAGGCAUUGUCAACCUGUUAAUCCACAAGCUUAAAGUAAAAUAUAACUUAGUAAUUAUAAGGGCUUAAUAAAUUCAAGUUUUGCAUUAAAAAACAAUGUUGGCUUUGAAAGAGGUAGCUGAUGGAAUCAAACAAUAAAAUAAAAAUAGAGAAAACAAUAUUAAUAGAUUCAAAAAUGAGUUAAAAUAGAAAUAGGAAGUUGAAUAAAAAAGAGAUGAUAGAAUCAAAAGGCAAUAAGAGAUUGCAGAAGUAGCUGCAAAUGACAUUAGAGAUGGGGCAUUAAAAAAAUGGAGAAAACUAUUAUUAGUCCACAAAUUCUUAAAUUCUUUCUUAAAAAGCAAAAUGCAAAUGGGAAUAAACCAAUAUCAAAAUUUAGAAAUUGCCUAUUAAAAAAUCAAAGCAUCUACAGGCAUCUCAGAUGCUAAUGAAAUUGUUUAGAAGUUUAUUGGUAGAGAACAAACAUAUGCCCAUCUACUAAUAUCGAUUUCGGAUUAUGAGAAGAAAAUUAAUAACUUAAAGCAAGAAAACCUAGACUUAAAAAACAAUUUUAAUCAGUUAAAAUAAGAUUACAGUGAUAUGGACAAGGAAUUCUUGGUAGAAAAUAAUAAAUAAAGAAAUGAACAAACAGAUCAAGAUAAAAUGGUUAUAGAAGUAGAAGAGAAAGCAACAAUAUCUGGUUUACUAUAAAAUAAAUUGAAGAAUUGGAUUACAAAAAACCUGAAAAAAUUGUCAUAAUCUAAAGAUAAAGGAUUUUAAGGAAUAAUUGAUGCCAUAAGAGAAAAAUUGCUUAACUUGUCAUAAUUGGUAAUUGUAUAUUCUUAAUUUAAAGUAACAAUAAGAAUUGUUGAAUAAAUCUAUGAUCAGUUCUGUCUUAGAGUUGAAUGACUAGGAAUUUUUAAAAAGGAACUUUAGAAUCAAGCCAAAAAAAUAAAACUCUCAUUUACAUUCAAAUAAUUCUUAGGAUUAUUCUAUUUUACGAGAUGAUGAUGAAAUCUUUAAUGAAUUGCCCAGUAAAGAUGAAGAAUUAGAAGAUCAAGAAGAAGAUCAUUUAAUGAAUCAACUAAGAGAAGAAGUAAAAGGGAAAAUGUUGAAGAAGUGACAGC